UAGACCCAGAGUGGGUGCAUUUUGUUAGCUCCGGUGGAUCUUUCAAACCUACACCAAAUAUUAAUCUGCUCACUGUCACACCGGCUUGGGCAUAUUUGGGUGGUAAGUUAUUGCUCUCCAGCGAAGGAAUAUCUGAAUAAUCUAAAAUACAGGUUAUUGGCUAGAACGUUGUUUUGUGUGGUGCAGUCUGCAUGCUGGCAGUGUCUCAGGAAGCACAGAGACAUGCUUUCAUCGUGUGUGUUAAUGACCAUCCUGGGACUGACGCUGGUGACUUCAGCCUACGGCCAGCAAAUGUCCGAGGAGCCGUGCUCCAUCCAGAUCCUCGUCCCCGGACUAAAAGGAGAGGCUGGAGAGAAGGGAGAGAAGGGAGCGCCAGGGCGGCCAGGAAGACUGGGUCCCCCCGGAGAGACUGGUGCUCCUGGACUCAAAGGACAGAAGGGUCUCAUGGGUCGGUAUGGGAAAAUGGGUCCUCCAGGACAUAAAGGUGAGAAGGGAGACAUGGGAGAUCCAGGACUAAAAGGCCCUGAUGGAGACCCAGGGCUUCCCUGUGAAUGUGCACCUUUACGGAAGAUGAUUGGUGAAAUGGACAACCAGGUGGCACAAUUAACCAAUGAGCUGAAGUUCAUAAAAAAUGCCCUGCCCUCCUCUGCAGCUGUCGCUGGCAUCAAAGAGGUAGAUGGUAAGGUCUACCUUCUGGUCAAGGAGGCCAAGCGUUACCUAGAUGCUGAGGCCUACUGUCAGGGGAGGGGCGGACAUCUGGCUAUGCCCAAGGACGAGCGGGCCAACACGGCCAUUGCAGGGUACAUCACGGAGGCGGGCCUCGGCAGGGUGUUCAUUGGCCUCAAUGACUUGGAACGCGAGAGCCAUUUUGUGUAUGUGGAGCGGUCUCCCAUGAGCACUUUCAGCAAGUGGCGGGAAGGAGAGCCAAACAACGCCUAUGAGGAUGAGGACUGUGUGGAGAUGGUGUCUACAGGAGAAUGGAUAGACGUGGCCUGUCACCUCACUAUGUACUUUGUGUGUGAGUUCGACAAAGACAAUGUCAUGCAAUAGGAGAGGGAAGGUGAACAGAUGGGUGGACAGUCCUGUCUUUUUUUUUUCUUUAUCGUUUUACUGCUUUUUCAGUGAUUGUUCCUCACAGAUGCCUACAGAUCCCCGGAGAAAUCACAGAGUGUGGGAUACGAAUGGAUGUGCGUUUUGGGACCAAUACGUCAUAUACCUUCAUUAAGUCUCAUGCAUUCAGUGGGGAGUGUUUGGAUGUCAAUGGGUCUGAGAAAAGACAUUAAUAUUAGGGUUCUUAUUUUGUCCUUUUCAUUUAUGUCACAGUUAUUAGAAGUUAUAACAGUCAUGAGACUCGCUGAAAAGCUAAGUGGUUUAAAUUGCGUUGAUGACAAUAUAGUUGAUAUGAGUUAAUAACUGAAAACAUCAAAUAUAUUUAAGUAAAGAACAAGGAUGUUUAUUAGUUUGUCAAACAUGAAAGAUGUAAUUAUUUUGCUGUUAUUUGCAUGUAAUAACUUGUAAUAACUAAUAACUUUGUGAUGUCACCCACUACAUGCUAAUUAUAUAAUGUUUUAUAUAGAUUAGGUCCAUGUGUGAGACUACUAAAAGUGACAUCAUGUGCGAGCUUUUGUGAAAAAAAUUCAAUUUUGCCAUAAAGGACAGUUUAUCCUAAUGAUGAUAAUAAAACUUCCCUAAAAAUAAAA